AUGAUGAGAAAAAUAAUUAUUUUUCUAUGUUUCGCGUGGUUUGACAGUGGUUGUAAUUAUAUGUUAAAUUGUAAAGUGUACCCCCUACAUUUGAUUCACUACAAUGAUUUUCAUGCAAGGUUUGAAGAAACGUCUGAUGACUCGUUGCUCUGUGACCAUAAUAAAGAAAAGUGCUAUGGUGGUCUACCUCGCCUUCUCUAUAAGAUAGAGGCUAUACGACGACUGCACCCCGAUUCUGUUCUUCUGGAUGCAGGAGACAGCUUCCAGGGCACUUAUUGGUACACACUGCUUAAAUGGAAUGCAACUCAGUAUUUUCUGAAUUUGUUGAAUAAUGAUGCGCAUGCAAUCGGAAACCACGAGUUCGACGAUGACAUUGAUGGCCUAGCGCCAUAUUUAGCCAAUUUGAAAGCCCCGGCGUUGGCUGCUAACCUAGACGCUUCAGAAGAACCCAGACUCAAAGGGUUGUUCAAGUCAUACACAAUUAUAGAAAGAAAAGGAAAGAAGAUUGGAAUCGUUGGAGUGACUACCACGGCUACUAAGGGUCUAGCACCAACCGGCAAUGUGAAGUUCACUGACCCCCGUGAGGCAGCGCUCCGGGAAUCGAAGAACCUUCGUGACAUGGGAGUGGAUGUAAUCAUACUCCUAUCACACUGUGGGUACACACUCGAUGUGGAAAUAGCACAAGAUUAUGGCCAGUAUAUUGACUUGGUUGUGGGUGGUCAUUCCCAUAGAGACAAGACGGUAAUGUUUCCUUACCUCACUGUCGUGAAAAGCAAAAGUGAUAAUAAUCAUCAGGUGUUAGUCCUCCAGACGGAUGCGUUCACUAAAUUCCUUGGAAACAUUACAAUUAAUUUUAAUUGUAUCGGCGAUAUUCUCAAUUGGUAUGGAGAGCCCAUUGCUUUGGACAACUCUAUACCUGAAGACGAAAACCUUAAGAACAAACUGGCUUCCUACGCCGAACAAGUACAUACAGCUGCAGCCAAGGUUAUUGGACACAUAGACAAAACCAUGGAUCAUAGAGAUUGCGUUCACGGUGAAUGUUUGAUGGGAAAUUUCUUGGCUGAUAUGAUGAGGUAUACGGCGCAAUUAAAAAUAAAGACUCCCUAUCCUAUCAUUGCACUAAUACAAAGAAGCAAUAUGAGAGCUAUAAUACGUAAAGGUGAAUUAACUGAAGGCUCUAUAGUCGAAUUAUUUCCAUAUUUGGAUCUGCUAACUAGCUUUGAAUUACAAGGAAAGUACCUUUACGAAGCCUUAGAACGGUCAGCAAGUGAUUUGAUAAAAGGCGAGCGUUUUACGGGACCCUGGCUUUUACAGGUUUCAGGACUUCAAGUAACAUACAACAUAUCUCGGCCAAUGGGUAAUAGGGUGGCUUCGGCGUAUGUUAAGAAAAAGUUCUCAACGGUACCUCUGGACAAGGAUAAAAUAUACCAAAUUGUAGCGCCCAUAUAUUUAACUGAUGGCGGAGAUGGAUAUACGAUGAUCUCGGAUAACCAUAAAAAUCCAGAAAUUCUCGGCUACGAUCAACAUCGCUUGAGGGAAUAUAUCAAAGCAUACAAGUCUAUAAAUGUAAAAAUAGAAGGAAGAAUUUUGAUCAGCUAG